UAGCACUGGGAAAAGACUUCACACACUUUACAAAAAUCUCUCUCUCUCUCUCAACUCUCAACUCAACCUUCUCUUUCAAUUCUAUAUCUCUCUGUCUUUCUAUUCUUGUUAUAAUUAUAUGGACAAGGGAUGGGGUCUCACCCUUGAAACUUGUUCCUCUCCAACCAUCCCAUUCUUUCAUUCUUCUUCCGCUGCUGCUGCUGCUUCUUCUUCUUCACAUAAGAAUAAGAUGUUUCCGCUGUUGGGAUUCCCCGUCAACCUUACUCGCCCCGCCGAUGAUCAUAACAACGAUGACAGUAACCGCAAGGUGGUUGUUGACUUCUUCUCCGAUAACAGGAACAAGGCACAAGAGCAGCAGCAUGUUAAGCCCAACAUCUCCGUCAAGAAGGAGAUUCCCCACCAUGAUGAUAUACCUUCGUCCACCAAAGUUUAUACGGGUUUGCAACUGCUUACUGCCAACACUGGAAGCGAUGAAUCUACGGUGGAUGAUGGUGGAGUAGUAUCAUCAGAUGGUGAAGAUAAGAAAGCCAAGGCAAUUGAGCUAGCGAUGUUGCAAGUGGAGCUUGAACGCAUGAAUGCCGAGAACCAUAAGCUGAAAGAGAUGCUGAGCCACGUGAGCGGUAACUACACGGCCUUGCAAAUGCAUCUUGUUACAUUACUGCAACAGCAGCAACAAGAACAAGUAGAUGAUGAGGUUGUUGAAGGAAAAGUAGUAGUGGGAGGGGAAGCCAGACAGUUGCUUGAUGUAGGAAACGAUCAAGCAUCAGAUUCUUCUUCUGAUGAAAGAACACGAUCCAGCACACCUCAUGCCCAAGUUGGAAUCAGGAAUAAUAGCAAUGGAAAGAACGAGAGAGAAGACAGUCCAGAUUCACAAUCACAAGCUUGGGGUCCCGCUCCCAACAAACUCCAAAAACCCAACCCCACCAUGGACCAAUCCUCUUCUGAAGCCACCAUGAGAAAAGCCCGUGUCUCAGUCCGUGCCCGCUCAGAAGCUCCCAUGAUCAGUGAUGGAUGCCAGUGGAGAAAAUAUGGACAAAAAAUGGCAAAGGGAAAUCCAUGUCCUCGAGCUUAUUACAGAUGCACUAUGGCAGUUGGUUGCCCAGUUCGCAAACAAGUUCAACGUUGUGCUGAGGACAGAACUAUUUUGGUAACUACAUAUGAAGGAACACACAGCCAUCCGCUACCACCGGCAGCCAUGGCCAUGGCAUCAACCACCACAGCAGCUGCCACCAUGUUACUAUCAGGUUCCAUGUCAAGUGCAGAUGGAAUCAUGAACCCAAACCUCCUAGCAAGAGCUAUUUUUCCAUCGUGCUCUACUUCUUCUACUUCUUCAAGCAUGGCAACACUCUCAGCUUCAGCACCAUUCCCAACUGUCACAUUGGACCUCACACAAAACCCAUCAUCAUCAAAUAAUACUAAUAAUACUUCCACUCCUCCAAUCAGGCAUCAUCAUCCUCUUAAUGCUGUCCCUUUGUUCCAGCUACCCAAUUUCCAAGGCCACCCCCAGAACUUUGGGACUCAAGCCCUAUAUAAUCAAUCAAAAUUCUCCGGUCUUCAAUUGUCUCAACAAGUUGCUGCCUCUUCCCAAUUGGGAAUCCAAGCUUCAAGGCCGCCUUUGCACCACAACCAACCACAGCAACAGCCGCCAUCCCUGGCUGAUUCCGUCACCGCAGCCAUCACCACCGAUCCUAACUUCACUGCCGCUAUCGCAGCCGCCAUCUCCUCCAUCAUCGGAGGUAACAAUAAUAAUAAUCAACCAAACAGCACUGGAGACGGUAACAACAACAACAGCGGCAGCAAUCCUAGUAUGAGCAACAGGACAACAAUUAGCAGCUUUUCGGGGAAUUAAAUUAAACUAAAUCCCUUUGUGUUCUUUGGUUCUUUUUGUUAAUUACUGUAUAAUUUUCUCUUUUUAUGUACAUGGGGAAAGGGGAAAUGAAGUUAUAAAUUUAUGUUCAUAUACUUUUUUGUCCAUGUAUUAGGGACGGAUUAGCUAGGUGUAUCAUCAUGGGCUGGGGAUAAGGAAAAAAAAAGCUUCAUUCUUUUGUUUUAUCUUUCAACUUUGAAUAAUUUUGUAUUAUAUUCAAAAUAUUCAGAGUAAAUAGACAUAAGGCUCGAAACGAAAAAAAAAAAAGAAUAUGUAUUAUCUUUCUUUUAUUUAUUAGUUUAUUUAAUUUUGCUUCGUUA